GAACUUAGUGUCUGCUGUCACCAAGAACCUCUAUCUCUAUCCCCUCACGUGGAUCUGCAGCUCCCUCCCCCUCCCCUGAGAGUUCGCCUCCCCCAGUGCCCUAGUCCCUUGCCCUCCCCUGCCUAGUAUCCAGCAUCCCUUGGACAGACUACAUUGCUGUUGCCGUAGCCGUCCCCUGCAGCCGUUCACACAGCAGCCACCUCCUCAGGGCCAGCAAGAUGCAGUUUGAGAUGCACGACCACGUGAAAGGCAAAGCCAUGUCAUAUCCAGUGACUAGUCAGCCUCAGUGCGCCAACACCUGCUACCAGACACAGCUCAGCGAUUGGCACACGGGCCUCACCGACUGUUGCAACGACAUGCCCGUCUGUCUGUGCGGCACUUUCGCCCCGCUGUGCCUCGCCUGCCGCAUCUCCGACGACUUUGGGGAGUGCUGCUGUGCGCCCUACCUGCCCGGAGGUCUGCACUCUCUGCGCACCGGCAUGAGGGAGCGCUACCACAUCCAGGGCUCCGUCGGGCACGACUGGGCUGCCCUCACCUUUUGCCUGCCCUGCGCCCUCUGUCAGAUGGCGCGGGAACUGAAGAUUCGAGAGUAAAGACAGUCUUGGUCCUUGGUCCUUGGUCUUGCCUGGCCUCCCUGGGAGGCCACUCCUUGGAAAUCCUGUCCCACUGCCCCUGUCCCAUCGCCAAAAAAAUACACCCACAAUAAAAACCUGAAAACCAA